AGCAUGGGACACAGCAGCAAGCAGUGAGCUCUCCAGGCGGAGGACAGCCCUCAACCUGUAUGUGCACGCUCACUUCAACCACUUGUAUUGAGCGGCCUCUUUUCAUCACUCGUUGACAUUCAUUUGGGGGUGGCGGUAAAAGAAACAAGAACGACGUGGGACUGACUUGGUAUCAGUCCCUGUAGGAGGAUGGAGAUAGACAAGAGGACGAAUGGGUUCGACUACCCGGAGAGAAACAACGCAAAGCCGGUUAACGGCUUUUAUGGGGACCACUCACUAGAGCCGGAAAAUAAUGACAGCAUGGAUGAUCCAGCUGAGCAACGGACUUGCCUUAUCUGUGGAGAUCGAGCCACAGGCCUACACUAUGGCAUCAUUUCCUGUGAAGGCUGCAAGGGUUUCUUCAAGCGCAGCAUUUGCAACAAGCGCGUGUACCGAUGCAGCAGGGACAAGAACUGCGAGAUGUCACGCAAGCAACGCAACCGCUGCCAGUAUUGCCGCCUACUCAAGUGUCUGCAAAUGGGGAUGAACCGCAAAGCAAUCAGAGAGGAUGGCAUGCCAGGAGGGAGGAACAAAAGCAUUGGGCCGGUUCAGAUCACGGAGGAGGAGAUUGAGCGUAUCAUGUCAGGCCAGGAAUUCAAGGAGGACGCCCCAGAGCACACAUGGGGCAACAACGGCGACAGCGACCACAGCUCUCCCAGCAACGGAGCUUCGGAGGGCAACCAGCCUUCACCUGCCUCCACACUGUCAUCCAAUCGCUCCACCGAGAUGAACGGCUACACAGCAGCCCUCAGAGAUCAGUACAUCAACACCUCCAUGUCAACACACUACCAGCUUCUGCCACACCUCUUUAGUUAUGCUGCCCAGUCUGGUCUGCUGGCCCCCCAGCCCCGCAGCCUUUACCCGCAGUCCCAUCCAUUAGUGCUGCAGCUGGUGGCGGCUGAAGACCUGGCCCCACUGGCCACCCCGAUGCUGAUAGAAGAUGGCUACAAGGUAACACAGGUGGAGCUGUUUGCCUUGCUGUGUCGCCUGGCAGAUGAGCUGCUCUUCCGUCAGAUCUCAUGGAUCAAGAAGUUGCCUUUCUUUUGCGAGCUCUCCAUCGAGGACUACACCUGCCUGCUCAGCUCCACUUGGCAGGAGCUCAUCCUGCUCUCCUGUCUCACAAUAUACAGCGCCCAGAUCUUCGGGGACCUGGCCAAUGUCACGGCCAAGUACACGCCAUCUGACGACGAGCUGCAGGGUUUCAGUGAGGACGGCAUGGAGGUGAUGGAGAGGCUGAUCUAUCUCUUUCGCAAAUUCCACCAGUUGAAGAUCAGCAAUGAGGAGUAUGCCUGCAUGAAAGCAAUCAACUUCCUAAACCAAGAUAUCAGAGGACUGUCAAACAUCUCUCAGCUAGAGCAGCUGAACAAGCGCUACUGGUAUGUGUGUCAGGACUACACCGAGUAUAAGUACCCGCACCAGCCCAAACGCUUUCCUGAGAUCAUGAUGUGUCUGCCAGAGAUCCGCUGCAUCGCAGGGAAGUUGGUCAAUGUUCCUCUGGAGCAGCUCCCCCUCUUGUUCAAAGCAGUCUUGCACUCCUGCAAAUCCAGUCUGACCAGCUACAGGACCGGCCCGUCACCCUGCGUGACCACCUCCUCUGGAAAUUAGAGGCCUCCCCGACCCUGACCGCA